GAAUUUGCGAGAUUGGGAGUGAUGGCUGGGAAGGAAGAGAAUCGAAUAUUUGUUGGAGGGUUGUCUUGGGACGUUACGGAGCGUCAGCUCGAGCAUGCCUUUGACCGUUACGGCAAAAUUCUCGAAUGUCAGUUGUAGAGGCAGGGGCAAUGGACGUGCCAUCUUAUGAACUUACAACGCAUUUGGUAAGGUGGCAUUUCUAGGGGUCCUGAAAUAUGGAAAGGUUCAGAUACAUCGUAUGUAAUGCAGUUUCUGUGGAAGAAAGUAGUGUACCCUGUGUUUUCAUGGAAAUCAGAAUUCCCCUUUAACUAAUAUAUUGUUCCUUUCAAAGUAUAGAUAGGACCUUUUCAUGGGCUGUGAUUGUGUGGUUCUCAGUAGAUCAGUGAUUUGUUAUGUGAGUUCAAGAAGUCUUAUAUUUGCUUCGGUUGAGCAAUCCAAUCUUGCCGCAUCUUUGGCAGUUUAGGGGACUUUCUCAGUGCAACCUAGAGCUCAGUUGUUUGGACAGUGUUGUGUGUCUGGUUGAUGUCAGCACUCUUGUAACAUACAUUUAAGUCUUAUCUGCUAUCCAAACCAUGUGGGUAUGACUAUACACCACCAACAGGUUCUGCAUAAUUACAGGUCCUGUGAGUACUUUAAGUGCUGCUGAGCUCAAAAAUUUCAAAUCUGGAGCAUUGGGAUCAUAGACAAUUGCUGCUCAGAUAAUGGUUUCUCUCUUGAUGAUGAGAUACUGUAUCCCACCAGUUGAUCUGCCUGUUAUAGCUAACAAAUUUGAAGGUUGAAUGGCUGCCUUUGAUUUAGUCGUUACUUUCUACAUUGGAAUAGAGUUGAUUGGAUGGUGAGGUUUUCUUUGGUUUUGAAUAGUUCUGCUUUUGUCAGUGUACAUUUAGAUAAGAAUCCAUAUCUGCAUAAGAACAAUAUUCUGCUUAAAUGCUGGUGUGUUGGAUAAGUCAGCUACGAGACAGCAGAAGUAUGUAGAAUGUUAGGCUUAGAAUUGCAGUCUAAUCAAUAUUAUGCAUUCGUCUCACAUGUUGCUCAGUAUUAUUGUUGCAUAAGAUUGAUUACUUGUUGUACCUGAUGAGGUGAAAUGCUAAAGAAGGUAGCUGAAAUGCUAAAGAAGUGAAAGCAUGAUCUCCAUAAGGAAUGCUAUCAAUUUCUUGCAUGUUGUCUUUCAGAAUUUUGGAAAAUUAUUUGUUGACAGAGAGAUUUUGUUUUGAAGAGAUAUCUUUUGUGAUACUCAUUAUAAAUUGGAGUUGCGAUAUGAUGAUGUGGUGACUGCUGAAGUGAAAGAUACACUUGGAGUUUCAUGAUAUACCGAUCAUUUGUGGCUACAUAUUGUUGUAAUGUUAGUUCUUGUGGGUGAGAAAAUAACAGUACCCAGUAUAAUACAGUGCUUUUUAUCAAGUAAGUCAGAUGCUAAGAUUAUGUUUGGGGGAUUAGAUUCUUUAAAGGGCAAUCAUGAAGUCGUGGAUCAGUAUGUGGAAAAUGCUGAAAUUCUAGCUCUGAUUUUGGAAGUAAUUGUUGUAAGAUGUAUUUGUUGUGAAAUAUGGGCUUUGGAUUCCUCUGAAUGGCUUAGCUAUAUGAAAACCAUUCUGGUGCAUUAUCAUUGUAACAAAGAAAAUCAUGAUGGAAAAAGAUACAGGCCGUCCACGUGGAUUUGGGUUUAUUACGUUUGCAGACCGUAGGGGAAUGGAGGAUGCAAUCAAGGAAAUGCAUGGACGGGAAAUUGGUGAUCGCAUCAUCUCAGUCAAUAAGGCACAGCCCAAGAUGGGGGGUGAUGAUGUAGACCAUGGUUACAGGGGUGGCUACUCAUCAGGUGGUAGGGGAAGCUAUGGGGUUGGAGAGAGGAUAGGACAGGAUGACUGCUUCAAAUGUGGGCGUCCGGGGCACUGGGCCCGAGAUUGUCCUUUGGCAGGAGGUGGAGGUGGUCGUGGUCGGGGUGGUAGUUCAUUUUCUUCACGUCCUAGGUUUGGUGGUGCUGGUGGACAUGGGGAUCGCCUUAGCGGUGAACGCGAUCGAUACAUUGAUGAUCGUUAUGACGGAGGACGUUAUGGAGAUAGGGAUCGUCUUGACAGUCGGGACUACAAAUACAGCGGCCGUGAUCGCUAUACUAGUGACAGGUAUCCAACUAGCGGAGAUCGAUAUGGAGGUGGCUCAGAUCAUUACCCUCAAAAUGGUUAUGGCAAGGAAAGAGGCUAUGACCGUUAUGGUGGUGCACGAGGUGGCGAUAGGUAUGGAAGUGGAAUGGCAGCUCGAGAUGAAGGAAGGAGCUAUAGGGGUAGGUCCGGUCCAUAUGACCGUCCAAGCAGGGGUGGUCGUCCAUCAUCUUUUGACCGCUACUGAUUUCCACUGUUGGUGUUUUUAUGGGAAUUCCAAGUGCUUAGGGACCUUGUUCUUCUUACGUAGGAUUUCCAAGUAUCGGACAACUGCUAGAUUCUAGUUUCGUAGAUUAUGGAUUUGAUGGUUUGUUUCUUUAUUUAGAUGGUGCCCCCGGUUGAGUUGAUCUUCCUUGUUUGCUUGACGCUGAGACUUAUCUUUCCUUUCAAAUGCAAGCAAGCAUGGUUUGCAUUUGUUCUGCAUCAUUUCAAAAUUCGUGGUGGUUACUGUUUGAACUACCUCAGCUCAAACCGUGUACAAUUGCGGAUUUGGCAACUUAUGUUGCUUGCUCGAGUUUACUUGAACUUUUCUUUGUCAAAUUUGAUUUCAGAAAUACAGGCAGACGAGGGUUUGUCUGUGUUCACCUGAGAAUAACUCGGGCGUAAGUUGCAUUUUCUAAUUGAGAUCUGUGGAGUAGGUAAAAUCGACAUUCUAAACGCUUGGAAGUGUAAUUCAUC